UGAAAAGAAAGAGAUGUUUUCCGACUCAGAGCAGCAGCACUCCUCAGUCUAGGGCUCAACCGAUGUGCUGGUCUUGACAGUGAGUGAUGACUGUGGCAGGGGCAGCUGAGGCUUAGCUGUGUGGCUCACAGAAAAAGGUGCAAAUUGGAUGUCUCUGCUUUGGUAGCAGGUGCAGGCUCUUUAUUGAAGGGAGAGUUGCCUAAAAGGGAAGAGUGAUACUUUGUGUGGAUUUUAUUCUGCUUCUGCUGACUGCUCCACCAUAUCUUAUCAUUAUGACCUGGAGGACUUGGGGACACUGGCACCUUUGACUUUUUUCUCUUUCUGAAAUCCCUUCAUGAUAUAUGCUUAGUUUUGAAUUACGUUUUGUUUGUUUUUGACUAUUAUCUCAAGCUGAAUAUACACUGUAGUGUUGUGGACUUUACAUUAUCAUAGGGGCACCUUUGGACCCCAACUUGCAACCAACGUUUACUGACUUGGCUAUAGAAGUGAGAGGACAAUGCCUGGAUUAUCCUAUAAUAAGUGACUCUGUAACUUGCCAGUGGGAAGCUGCAAGUGAAAUAGGGACUGGAGGCUGUCGGUUGGCUGCUGGCUGCAUCCCACCAGUUUGGCUGAAGACUGUAAGCGUCCUGACAACCUUCACUAGCUGGUAGGAUACACGCACACCGAGAGAAACAGCAGGAUCGCACUUCACAUUCUGGGCCAGGAGGGAUUAGUAGAAGAAUGCUGGUCCCGGGUGCCAAACAGGAAGAUGGUGAUGCGUUGGCCGAGUGCUGCAGCUGUUAGAUGGUUGCUGUUGAUGCUCCUAUGGCAGUGGACAGUGCUGGGCCACCUCGGCUGGGUUCUGGCCCUGGCUGGGGGGCAGCAGAGUAAGAACCCCUCACUCACUGCUGCCAGCACUGGACGCCAGAGUGGCGGCCAACUGGAUUGGCUGCUGUCCGAGAAGGGACCUUUCCACCGUUGUCCUGAAUACACAGAGUUCAAAGAACGCUUCCAGCAAGGUUUCUCCACACGCUAUAAGAUCUACAGGGAAUUCAGCCAUUGGAAAGUGAACAGCUUGGCUACAGAGAAGAGGGACGUUUUUAAGGCCCCCUUGCCACUGGCGCCGGAGUUUCUACGCAACCUGAGGUUGCUGGGUCGAAGACCAAGUCUGCAGCAGAUCCACGAGAAUUUGAUCAAGAAAUAUGGAACUCACUUUUUGGUGUCUGCUACGCUAGGAGGAGAAGAAUCGUUGACAAUCUUCCUGGAUAAGCAGAAGCUCAGUAAGAAAUCGGAGGGACAGGGAAACAGCUCUGUGGUCUCCCUGGAAGUAUUGCAUCAGUUGGCUGCCUCUUAUUUCACAGACCGCGAGAGCACCUUGAGACGACUUCACCACCUACAGAUAGCCACCUCCGCCAUAAAGGUAACAGAAACUAGGACCGGGCCCCUUGGAUGCAGUAACUAUGACAGCCUUGAUUCUGUUAGCUCUGUCUUGGUACACAGUCCUGAAAAUAAAAUACAUCUAAAAGGUUUACAGGAUGUCCUUCCAGAAUUUCUCCGGAACCGUUUUGUGGAGGCUGCUCUCAGCUACGUGGCAUGCAACUCUGAGGGGGAGCUUUUGUGUCGUGACAAUGACUGCUGGUGCCGCUGCUCUGCCAAGUUCCCAGAUUGUAACUGCCCCUUUGCUGAUAUUAAAGUCAUGGAGGAAAAUCUGCACAAAAGCAAGGAAUCCUGGACCAACUUCAACACCGAAUUCAUGGAAUCAGACGAAUUCAAGGCCUUCAUGAAAAAACUACCAACAGACCGUUUUUUAAACACAUCCUUGGUAUUCAAGUUUUGGGCAGCAGAUGCAGCUCUCCAGAGGCGCUACAUCCAAUUGGAGAGCAGCACCAAUUUGAUUCUUGGGAAAGCCCAGAAGAUUGUGAGGAAACUAUUCAGUCUGAGCAAGCGAUGUCCCAAACUGCCAAGGAUCAGCCUCCCAAGAGAAAGGACACCAGGAUAUUGGCUGAACAGGGCCCAGUCACUCCUGUACUGCAAUGAGCAUGGAGUCCUGGGCACGUUUUCAGAGGAGGUGCUGAGCUGCACCUGCACUGCAGAGCACAGUAGUGCCUGCCAGGGGACAGUACCCUGUGUGGUCGGAGAGGGGUCAUCCUGCCUCUCAUGUGCCCCAGACAACAUCACACGCUGUGGCUCCUGCCACCUUGGCAACAUCCUGAACCUGGGCUCUUGUCGGCCCAACAUAGCAAACUCUCUGGACCACUACCUGAACAUUGACUUUGACAUGCCGGAUGCAGAGUUCAAGUACCUGCUCCAGCGGCUGGACAGUCGCAUGGAAGUCCAUGCCAUCUACAUCAGCAAUGACGUGCGUCUGGGCAGCUGGUUCAACCCAGCCUGGAGGAAACGCAUGCUUCUCACUCUAAAGAGCAACAAAAACAAAUCCAACCUCAUUCAUAUGCUAAUGGGAAUCUCAUUCCAGAUCUGCUCUACUAAAAACAGUACCCUGGAGCCUGUGCCUGCCAUCUAUGUCAACCCAUUUGGGGGUAGCCACUCAGAGAGUUGGUUCAUGCCUGUCAGCCAGCAGGACUUCCCAGACUGGGAAAGAACUAAGGUGGAUGCCUCUCUGCAGUGCUACAACUGGACAUUGAUGCUGGGCACCAAGUGGAAGUCCUUCUUCGAGACGGUGCACAUUUACCUGCGCAGCCGCAUCCUGACCGAUGACCCCACCGUCAACGAGACCCUUUUCUACGAGCCCCUGGACCUGGACGACCACACGUCCAACCUGGGCUACAUGAAGAUCAACAGUCUCAAGGUGUUCGGCUACAGCAUGCACUUUGACCCCGAGGGCAUCAAAGACCUGAUUCUGCAGUUGGACUACCCUUACACGCAAGGCACCCAGGACGCAGCCUUUCAUAUGCUGCUGGAGAUGAGAGACCGCAUCAACCGGCUCUCCCCGCCUGGAUUGCAGCCAUUGGACCUCUUUUCAUGUCUGCUCCGCCACAGGCUCAAGCUCUCCACUAGUGAGGUGGUGCGCAUCCGAGACUCCCUCCAGAUUUUCAACUCCAAGCUGCCCAAUUCCUCAGAGGCAGAGCUGGGCCAGUUGUGCAGCUAGCUCAGUCUAAAUUAGAGUCCAGAGAGUGCUGUGCUGCUGGUUACUCUAAAGUCAGUUGCCAAUUUAUCCAUCUGGUUUGGAAAACAUGUACAUAUAUUUCUCUGAGAUGUCUAGAGCAUUCCUAUACACUGGCUGACAGAGCUUGGAGUGUGUUGGCUCUGUUGGAUAUGGAGUGAUGUCAUGACAACAGAUUUUGCUUUGCACAGAUAGAGUUUUUAAUAUAAAGAGCGAGGAACUGAGUUUGGAAAAUAAUUGCUCUGGAUUGUUCAUCUGUUGGCAGGAAGUUGAGGAAACAGAAGAGGAUUUCCCUUUCUAACGUUUUUUUCUUUGGUUACAGAAUGAUUUCAUUUAAAAGAGUCUGAUGGGCUGAAUGAGUUGAUUAUGCUUAAAGGGAUAGUUCAACCAAAUUACAAAAUGACACAUUGUGGUUUCCUUACCCUGUAAGCAGUCUACGGACAAAGUAUGACAGCAAUCCAUGUUUUGGUUUAGUUUCCCUGGCACUGUUUCCACAUGCUAAUGUUUUGGAAUUUGUGGCAGAAAUCCUAUUCAAGUCAUGGGACCGAUAUUAGCAUUUUUCACGCAUCAUGUCCAAAUUUUCUUAAAGUAUCUAAAGUUGAAUGUAAAGCCCAACAAAGUCACUUAUAGAUGAGUUUAACAUGAUGCACAGAAAUUUCUAAUAUCGUUCAUGACUUUUUGCCACAAAUGCUAAAACAUUAGCAUGUGGAAACUGUGCCAGGGAAACUAAACCAAAACAUGGAUUGCUGUCAUACCUUGUCCAUAGACUUACAGGGUAAGGAAACCAAUGUGUCAUUUUGUAAUUUGGGUGAACUAUCCCUUUAACGGUUUAUUAUGAUAAUCAUCCCCAAAAAUGUUAUCCUUGCCUUUCCAUUUUAUCUGGCAUUCAAAACCCUGUAAAAUAUGUAUUUGUGCUUAAAAUUUGGUUGGGAAGCCCAAUAGUAAAUAUUUCUAUUUAUUUAUUCAGCAACAUUACUAUACCAAAAGAAGCUGAACGUAGUGGCAAAAUGAAUGGUUAAAAUGUCUUAAAUGUUGAAAUGUCUUUUUGAGAGGAUUUCAAAAGGUCUGUGGAUACAGCUGUGUACAUAUUGCUCCAUCUAAAUCUAGAUGUGGAAAGUACACAUUGCUUUUUAGAUAACCAAGUGCAAAGACCAAAAAAAUAUUUGUAACAAAAUAAAAUCAUGCCUUAUGAUGGAGAAUCAAUGUUCAGACAAAAAGCACAUUCAGCUGAUUGUUUCAUUUUCAGGCUAGAUCUUUUGAAUAUACAGUUGAAGUCGGAAGUUACAUACACUUAGGUUGGAGUCAUUAAAACUCGUUUUUCAACCACUCCAUAAAUUUCUUGUUAACCAACUAUAGUUUUGGCAAGUUGGUUAGGACAUCUACUUUGCGCAUGACACAAGUACAUAAUUCACUGUAUCACAAUUCCAGUGGGUCAGAAGUUUACAUACACUAAGUUGGCUGUGCCUUUAAACAGCUUGGAAAAUUACAGGAAAUGAUGUCAUGGCUUUAGAAGCUUCUGAUAGGCUAAUUUACAUAAUUUGAGUCAAUUGAAGGUAUACCUGUGGAUGUAUUUCAAGGCCUACCUUUAAACUCAUUGCCUCUUUGCUUGACAUCAUGGGAAAAUCAAAAUAUCUCAGCCAAGACCUCAGAAAAACAAUUGUAGACUUCCACAAGUCUGGUUCAUCCUUGGGAGAAAUUUCCAAACGCCUGAAGGUACCACGUUCAUCUGUACAAACAAUAGUACGCAAGUACAAACACCAUGGGACCACGCAGUCGUCAUACCACUCAGGAAGGAGACGUGUUCUGUCUCCUAGAAAUGAACAUACUUUGGUGUGAAAAGUGCGAAUCAAUCCCAGAACAACAGCAAUUGACCCUGUGAAGAUGCUGGAGGAAACAUGCACAAAGUAUCUACAUCCACAGUAAAACGAGUCCUAUAUCGACAUAACCUGAAAGGCCGCUCAGCAAGGAAGAAGCCACUGCUCCAAAACCGCCAUAAAAAAGCCAGACUACGGUUUGCAACUCACAUGGUGACAAAUAUUGUACUUUUUGGAGAAAUGUCCUCUGGUCUGAUGAAACAAAAAUAGAACUGUUUGGCCAUAAUGACUAUCGUUAUGUUUGGAGGAAAAGGGAGGAGGCUUGCAAGCUGAAGAACAUCAUCCCAACUGUGAAGCACGGGGGUGGCAGCAUCAUGUUGUGGGGGUGCUUUGCUGCAGGAGUGACUGGUGCACUUCACAAAAUAGAUGGCAUCAUGAAGAUGGAAAUUAUGUGGAUAUAUUGAAGCAACAUCUCAAGACAUCAGUCAGGAAGUAAUAUCUUGGUUGCAAAUGGGUCUUUCAAAUGGACAAUGACCCCAAGCAUGCUUCCAAAGUUGGGGCUAAAUGGCUUAAGCAAAACAAAGUCAAGGUAUUGGAGCAGCCAUCACAAAGCCCUGACCUCAAUCCUAUAGAAAGUUUGUGUGCAGAACUGAAAAAGCGUGUGUGAGCAAGGAGGCCUACGAACCUGACUCAGCUCUGUCAGGAGGAAUGGGCCAAAAUUCACCCAACUUAUUGUGGGAAGCUUGUGGAAGGCUACCUGAAACAUUUGACCCAAGUGAAACAAUUGAAAGGCAAUGCUACCAAAUACUAAUUGAGUGUAUGUAAACUUCUGACCCACUGGGAAUGUGAUUAAAUAAAUAAAAGCUGAAAUAAAUCAUUCUCUCUUAUUCUGACAUUUCACAUUAUUAAAAUAAAGUGGUGAUCCUAACUGACCUAAGACAGGGAAUUUGUACAAGGGUUAAAUGUCAGGAAUUGUAAAAAACUGAGUUUAAAUGUAUUUGGCUAAGGUGUAUGUAAACUUCUGAAUUCAACUGUAUUUUGCAAACAUAACACCACAUUUUUGGAAUAGGCCAACUGUAUUUGCAUUCUAAUGAGUACACCGUAUUGUGGAUCUUACCUGUAAAUGUCAGUCACAAUUCCAGUUCAAAGGUGUUUUUUAGCUCAAACCUUUAUUAAUUUUUUUCACGAUAGGCCUACAUGUUGGAACUCAAAUGAAUAUGUGCUGGAGGACAUACGUUUUUGUUGGUAUAAUAUUACAUCUGGAUAUGUUUGAAAUAUUUUACACUGAUUGUGAUGGUUCAACAAUUUGCCGUACUGUUAUGGUAUCUCCAUUUCAUAUGUUAAAGUACUAUUUGGUCUUUCAUUAUCUACAAAACCUACACCUUUGGUGAAAAAUUACUGUCAUAAAUCUACUACUGGAAUAGCUGUUUCUAGGAUUUAUCAAUUGUACCAUUUGACAAGAGUGAACAAGGAACCUUUGGUCUUGACAAAGACAUAUUUAAAUGUCCCUCUUCACAGUACGAAUCCUCUGUGUCUCUAAUAUAUAAAGUGCAGCAUUUGCAAGGUAAGAUAAAAAAGAACAUUUACAAGGUUGUCACAGAGCUUGGGAACCAAACACACAUUGUCACAUCACAUAAAACUCACUGUGCCUCUGAACAACCUGGGAAAAACCUCAGACUAUUUUAAUAAGAUGGGAGUCACAAACACAGAGUUUAUAAAUAAAAGUGAUUUAUCUUGGUGUCAUCAAAAAAAUCAGCACUCGCCCUUCAGCUAAUCGCCAGGACAGUGGAGGAAACCCAAUCAAUCAAGGAGGGUCUAUUAUGCUGUGUAAACUUUUCAAACAUUCCCACAAGAAAGGGAGUUGGCUAUUUUUCUCCGAUGAUUUAUGAUGUUUUGAGAGUCCAAUAACUGCAUUAAUGUUGUGGAAUUGCUGAAAUAAAAUGAGGUGUUGUGCUUGGAUUCUUUUUCGCCUGUACAUGUGUAGGUCAUGUAGUAAAGUCAUCAAUUACCAUUUGAAUUAUGAGUUUGGGGAAAUGUUAGAAAUACAAAUUGUCUGGAGAAUAGAUUGUUGAUGAGAGAGAGAGAGAGAGAGAGAGAGAGAGAGAGAGAGACUAUGAACAUUAUCAACAACAUAUAAAUGUACUAUUGCAAUUUCAUUACUAUGAACAUUAUCAUAUAAUAGAGACAUUAAACUUUCCACUCCACUGCACAUCCACUUGCAUAUCAGUCUGAAAUCUAAGCAUGCAAAGGAAUGCAUAAACUCUCCUUGACCUGAUUGGCUAGCCUCUCAUUACAUGAUAAAUAUUAUUCACUGAGUACAGCAGAGGAUUUCAAAGAGCAUUUAUUUGCCAUUUUGUUUAUUUCUGUUUGUUGUCUCUGACUGCCUCAGUCCGUAAGACAGUAACUGACAGUUAAGCAUGGCUGGCAGCACACGGCACUUAUCAUACCACCCAGAUGUUCUUCUUUCUUACUUUGUAUUAUUUUAUGUCAAUCAGUGGUGUGCAUUUCUUCAAUUUCUUCCCAUUCGGCCAAAUUAUACUUCUUUUUACAUUUGCUGCACUUCAUUGUUAGUGGCGGUCGUCCUUGAGCUUUUUAUGGCCACCAUGUACCUAGCUGGAAAGCCCUUUUCAUGUGUGCUCUAUCUAGUUUCAUUGGUGAUAGGAUGCCUGGUAUGUAAAUAUCCCUGUGGAAAUAAAUGGCCUUCUGUAAUGCCAACACUGUCACUUAGCAGUGGCCUGUUUGCCUAGUGUGCAAGUCUUGGGACUGGUGCCAACGUCCUUACGCCUCAGAAAGGGAUGACCUCACUAUUAUGGUUUAUUACUCUGGUUAUUUGAUAUGUGGGGGACAUCUUUCUUUCCAUAUGUAGACCGACCUUAGCUUUUCAAUGGGUAAUGAUAUGAGAGAAUGGCACCACUAUAAGAAGUGUAAUCAUUACAGUUUGAUUUUAAUAUCAUCUUUAGCUGAAUUUAUUUAAUUCAAUUUUGAAUGUUGUCCGAAUUGCUUUUAUCAAAAUCAAACUAAAAUACCUUUCAGAAGACUUACACACAGGAUAAAGGUAAUAGUUACAUGGUUAAAAGAUUUGAACAAGUUGUAAUUACUUACAAUUAUCAAUGAUAUACUGUAUCUCUGAUACAACUUGAGUUAUAAAUUGUUCCUAUAUUUCUACCAUGUUACUACUACCUACUCCUUUAUAUUGUGCUGUAAAGUACAUUACUUAUGGGGUUGAUGCCAAAAGCUUUCCGAGAGCCAUUCGAGAAAUAAGCAACAAACUCUCUGUAUGUCAAAACUAAAUUAACAGCUUACUGUUUCAAACAGAAUUAACCCAAGCAGUUUUCUGUACAGUACGAAAAGUAAUUGUCUUUGGGGAAAAUGAACAAAUAUUUCCUAAAUGCCUUCAACUUCCGUACAUUUAUAGAAUGAGAUGUGGUUUUGCCCCUAAAAGCUACAAAUGUCCAGAACCAAAGUGCUGAAUGAAAAUAUUCUUGGGUUGACUACAUCCACUUUUAUCAGACACUACUUCACACAGCUCAAUCAAGAAUAUUAAAUAUCUAAUCAGAAUCUGGAGGAAAUAAUUAUAUUUGAUGAUAUGACAAUGUUUUAUGUAUUUGUAUCUGUACAUAUGACGUGCGACAUACACAAACAUACUGUUAUGUCUACUGGUUGGCUCUGUUAAGAACCGUUUACAGUCCUUUCAGAAAGCAUUCAUACACCUUGAGUUAUUCCACAUGUUGUUCUGUUACAGCCUGAAUUAAACAUUUAUAUUUUUCUUUAUCUGACCCAUCUACACACAAUACCCCAUUAUGACAAAUGGAAGACAUGUUUUUAUACAUUUUAAUAAAAUGUGUUGAAAAUGAAAUAUAGAAAUAUCUAAUUUACAUAAGUAUUCAUACCCCUGAGUCAGUACAUGUUAGAAUCACCUUUGGCAGUGAUUACAACUGUGAGUCUUUCUGGAUAAGUCUCUAAGAGCUUUGCACUCCUGGAUUGUACAAUAUUUGCACAUUAUAAUUUUAAAAAUUCUUCAAGCUCUGUCAAGUUGGUUGUUGAUCAAGACAGCCACGUUCAUGUCUUGCCAUAGAUUUUCAAGCCAAUUUAAGUAAAACUAUAACUAUGCCACUCAGGACUAUUCAAUGUCAUCUUGGUAAGCAACUCAUGUGUAUAUUUGGCCUUGUGUUUUAGGUUAUUGUCCUGCUGAGAGGUGAAUUUGUCUCCCAGUGUCUGUUGGAAAGUGUCUGUUUUUCCUAUUCUUAGCUCUAUUCUAUCCUGGUCCUUGUCAAUGACAAGCAUACCCAUACCAUGAUGCAGCCACCACCAUACUUGAAAAUAUGAAGAGGGGUACUCAGUGAUGUGUUGCGUAGGAUUUCCCCCAAACAUAACUCUUUUUAUUCAGGACAUAAAGUUAAUUUCUUUGCCAGAUUUUUUGCAGUUUAGUGCCUUAGGAUGCACAUUCUGUACUGGCUUCCUUCUUUUCACUCUGUCAUCUAGGUUAGUAUUGUGGAGUAACUACAAUGUUGUUGAUGCAUCCUCAGGUUUUUCCAGCCAUGUAACUGUUUUAAAGUCACCAUUGGCCUCAUGAUGAAAUCCCUGAGCGGUUUUCUUCCUCUCCAGCAACUGAGCUAGGAAGGACACCUGUAUCUAUGUAGUAAUUGGGUGUAUUGAUACAAUAUCCAAAGUGUCAUUAAUAACUUCACCAUGCUCAAAUGGAUAUUUACCCAUCUACCAAUAGGUGCCCUUCUUUGUGAGGUAUUGGAAAACCUCCCUGGUCUUUGUGGUUGACUCUUUGAAAUGCAGUGCUCGACUGAGGGACCUUAUAGAUAAUUGUAUAUGUGGGGUAGAGAGAUGAGCUAGUCAUUCAAAUAUCAUGUUAAACACUAUUAUUACACACAGAGUGAGUCCAUGUAAUGUAUUAUGUGACUUGUUAAGUAUACUUGUACUCCUGAACUUAUUUAGGCUUGCCAUAACACAGGGGUUGAAUACUUAUUGACUCAAUACAUUUCAGCUUUUCAUUUUUUAUUAAUUUGUAAAACAUUCUAAAAACAUAAUUCUACUUUGACGUUAUGGGAUAUUGUGUGUAGGCCAGUGACACAAAAUCUAAAUUUAAUCUAUUUUAAAUUCAGUCUGUAACAGAACACAAUGUUGAAAGUCAAGGGAUGUGAAUACUUUCUGAAGGCACUGUAACUUUUUAUUCUUAUUGUUUGAUCAAAAAUAUUUGUUUCUCUCAAUGUUUAACAGGAUGUAAAUGUUCUUAUAUUAAAUAGUAAAAAGAA